AUGGGCGCUCCCGAAAAGACAUCCCUAUGGCACUCUUUCUCAUCCAACCAUCGAAAAGAGCGCAAGGAGCGUAAAGCAGGGACAACCACCACAGCAAGAACCACAGUGAUCACACCAGCACAUUUUCCAUCAUGGUCCCGAAGCCGCACCAAUAGCACCAAUACAUCAAAUGUCCCAAGAAAGCAAUCGGCAGACCUUCCACCGCCGUACGUGGAAGCAGCAGUCCCAACAAUCACAACCAGCCCCCCCGAAGAGCCAGAAUCGGAUUCUCAGUACGCCUUCCUCGGUGAAUUCCACACUAUUUUUUUGGUAGACGAUAGCUCCAGCAUGAGGGGCGAACUUUGGGAAGAAGCCAAAGAUGCCAUCGCAGCGAUCGCUCCAGUCUGCACAAAAUAUGACAGCGAGGGAAUCGACAUCUACUUCAUCAAUCACCGGCCAAAGUCCAACUCCGACUCCAAAUACAGUUCCAACUACACCUACAACUACAACUACACCUCCAACCCUAGCCGACGCCCAAAGCUCGAUGCCGGCGGAUACCACAACAUCAAAACCGCGCAACGAGUAAGCGAGAUCUUCUCCUCCGUCAGACCCGCCGGGGGAACAGGAGUUGGCAGUCGACUAUUUGAUAUCCUGAACCCGUAUACCAAGCUGGUGGAAGCGAAAGAGGCAGAGAGGCGAGCGCAGAUGGACGCACCUGGCCCGGGCUUUUUGGUUAAGCUGGUAGAGCCGGUCAAGUCGGUUAAGCCAAUUAAUAUCAUCACAAUUACCGAUGGGGUGUUUACGGAUGAUGCAGAGAGCAUUAUUAUUAAGACUGCUCAGACACUGGAUGGGCCUUCUUGUCGUGCUAUUCCAUGGCAGGUUGGAAUUCAGUUCUUCCAGAUUGGGAAUGAUGAGAUGGCUCGGCAGUACUUGGAGGUUUUGGAUACAGACCUCGGGAGUCGGUGCAAUGAUUUGCAUCUACGAGAUAUUGUUGACACUGUUUCUUGGAGAAAUCGGGCUGGAGAGCGCUUGGAUGGGUAUGGGAUUUUGAAGACUGUGCUUGGGGCAGUUCAUAAGAGGUUAGAUAAAGAUUGGGAGUGUUAG